AUGGUGUCUUCAUUGGAUCGAGCUAUUUUGAAAGCAUAUUGGCGUUUACUGCCAAUCUUAUUUCUAUCGUAUAUUAUCGCUUAUGUGGAUCGGAAUAAUGUUUCAUUAGCUAAACUGAAAAUGACUGAUGACCUGCCAUCGUUUCGAAAUGGAACUGAAACGAUAUUCUCAUUCGGUCAGGCAGCGUUUUUUAUCGGUUAUUUACUUUUAGAAAUUCCUGGCACGUUGCUUGUAGAACAAUGGAGUGCACGAAAAUGGAUAUGUCGUAUAAUGAUCACUUGGGGUAUCUUGGCAUCGUUAACAGCGGUUGUGAAACAACCGUGGCAUUUUUAUUUACUUCGAUUUGCAUUAGGACUUGCAGAGGCUGGUUUCUUUCCAGGGGUUAUUGUUUAUUUGACACAUUGGUUUCCGGGAAAAGCGAGAGCACGAGCACUUUCUCUAUUUCUUAUUGCCACACCAAUUGCCCAAUUGAUUAGUCCGAAAAUUUCGUAUUACAUGCUUCGGAUGGGCACAACAGAACAUGGUGUUUAUUAUCAGACAUUAUUUCGACUCAGAGGUUGGCAAUGGAUGUACAUUGCAUGGGGUAUACCGUCAGUUAUUCUCGGUAUUAUUAUCCUAUUCUUUCUUACUGAUCGACCGAAAGAUGCCCGAUGGUUAGAGUAUGACGAACGACAAGCAUUAGAAGCCGAACUAUCACUAGAAUUGCAGCGACAGCAGGCCGCUGGUGGACAUCUGACUAUCUUCCAAGCUUUACGUCAGAUCAAAGUUCUUCUUCUCGCUGCCGCUUAUUUUUUUAUAGUUACAGGAAAUUAUGGUAUUGAUAUGUUUCUUCCGACAAUUCUACGUGAUUGGUAUCAUUUAAGUGAUUCCUUUUUAACAUGGUUACUAAUGAUUCCACCACUUGGUGCUCUUCUCGGAAUGUUAAUCAUUGGAUUUAGCUCUGAUCGAACGAAAGAACGACGUUUCCAUGCUGCUGUACCGAUCCUUAUCGGAGCAACUGCGUUCGGCUUAACACUGAUUCGAAAUCAGCCAUUAGCGACUAUUAUUAUACUCUUUACUGCAGUAAACAUUGGCACAAAAGCUUAUCUGCCAGCAUUCUGGUCUUUACCAAGUUUAUUUUUAAGUCAAGCAGCAGCCGCCGGUUCAAUUGGAUUUAUAAAUUCCAUUGGAAACAUCGGCGGAGGAGUCGGGCCGAUCAUUUUAGGUGUUUUAAAAGAUCGCACUGGCUCGUUCUCUCUCGGUAUUCUGCUUCUUUCGAUUUCUAUGGGUUUGACAGCUGUUAUUAUCAUGGUUCUUCGAUUUAAUCAACGUCAUAAAAAAUUUACAGUUCAUGAUUUCGACGAGGAUUCACCCGCAACUAGUGGAGACAUCGAAAACACUCAACUUUAG